CGUUUUGGCAGCUCCAGCAGAAGGAGACCCACGUGGAAGCAUCCUUGGGGGGGGGUGUCUGCUUGGGUUUGGGGAGGAGGGCCCUGUUGCUUCUUAAGCCUCCCCACCUGAAGCCUUGGGAGGAGAGGAAGAGCAGGAGGAGGAGAAAGAGGAGGAGGAGGAGAAAGAGGGAGCCGCAUUCACGUGGAGCAGGCAAGAGAGGAGGGUGUGCAGCCGCAUCCUUCCCAUCUAAGGAGCAGAAGCAGCAGAGAUUGCAGGAGAGCCUUGGCCAUGAACUAGGGCAGCCGCUCAGGACAAUUCCUGGGUGAAUUCCUGAGCUGCUUCCAGCCCCAUUUGCAGCCAGAAGGACCCAUCUUUCCUUUCUGAAGGUGGGAGGAGGACAUGGAUCAGCUGAUGAACUUCCUCUACCUGAACUUCUCGGAGCAGCUGAGCCUGUUGGAGGAAAGCGGGAUGCCCUGCAGCAAUUCGGUGGGCAAUGACACCUUCCUGAUCAUCGCCUACAGCACGGUCAUUGCUGUGGGACUGAUCGGCAACCUCUGCCUGGUCUGCGUCAUUGUCCAGCAGAAGGAGAUGAGAAAUGUCACCAACAUCUUCAUCGCUAACCUCUCCUGCUCCGACCUUCUGGUGUCCCUGGUUUGCAUGCCAGUCACAGUCAUUUACACCUUGAUGGACCGCUGGAUUUUGGGAGAAGUCCUCUGCAAGGCCAGCCCCUUCUUUCAGUGCAUUUCUGUCACUGUGUCCAUCCUCUCCCUGGUUUGGAUUGCCUUGGAGAGGCAUCAGCUCAUCAUCAACCCAACAGGAUGGAAACCAGGGGUCAACCACGCUUACCUAGCUGUGGCCCUGACCUGGGUAGUCGCUUGCUUCAUUUCUCUGCCUUUCCUCUCCUUUACCAUCCUGACUGACGAGCCCUUCCAAAACCUAAGCCUUCCUUUUGACCCCUUUGCCGACCACCUGGCCUGCAUUGAGCACUGGCCGUCGGACCAUCAUCGCCUGGCCUACACCACUUUCCUCCUACUUUUCCAGUAUUGUCUGCCCUUGCUCCUCAUCAUGGCCUGCUACUUCCGCAUCUUCCUGCGCCUCCAGCGCCGUAAGGACAUGGUGGAGCGGGCCAAAGACGGCUCCCGAGCCACCAGCCACAGGAGAGUCAAUCUCAUGCUGGCUUGCAUCGUGGUCGCUUUUGCGGCCUGCUGGUUCCCCCUCACGGUCUUCAAUGCCCUUUAUGACUGGGACCACGAGAAGAUCUCGGUGUGUUACCACAACUUCAUCUUCUCCCUUUGUCAUCUCGUGGCCAUGGCCUCCACCUGCAUCAACCCCAUCAUCUACGGCUUCCUCAACAGCAAUUUCCAGAAGGAAGUCAAGGCCUUGCUUUACCGCUGCAGCUGCAGUAACGAGAAGGACAAAUAUGAGAGCUUUCCUCUGUCAACAGUCAGCACCGAGAUCUCCAAGGCCUCGCUCCGCAGUGGGGUUGGCACCGUGACCCAUGCGUGAUUAACAAACCCAUGUGGUGCCUCACAACAUCAGGUGGCUUCUUGCCAUGAGUGAGACAGGGAGCAUCUCUCUCCACUCUUUGAGCAUUUCUAAUCCCUCUGCUUCCCAUUUCACACCAAACUCACAUCAGGGAUCAUCUGGAAUUGCUUGGGGCAUCUGGCUUCAAACAGCAGUACAGACUGAGGUGGGGCUGGGGAAAGGAAUGAAUGACCCACUGUGUUAGGGAGUCAUGUGUGGUGGGUUCAAAGCCUGGUCUAGCUAUAAUUUCUCCUCCUUCUCCAACAGUCCAUAUGUUUCACCCACCUUAACCAUGCAGAGCUUUGAAAGCUUCCAGGUUUCUCUGUAUCCCCAGUGAAUAGGAUGAAGUGUGCAAAAAGAUGAGAAUCAGCUCAGCAAUGUAGGGCUUUCUUAGUCUCUAGAGAAGAUUCAACUUCUCCUAAAUCAUGUUGUCGAAGGCUUUCAUGGCCGGGAUCACAAGGUUGUUGUAUGCCUUUCGGGCUGUGUGGCCGUGUUCCAGAAGUAUUAUCUCCUGAUGUUUCACCCACAUCUAUGGCAGGCAUCCUCAGAGGUUGUGAGGUAUGGAUAAACUCGUUUAAAUGUUUCUCAAAGCCCCUCUGGGUUUUUUAAGUCAGUGGUUUUCCAUUCCUUUUGAGGUUAUCUCAGAAAGCGAGCAGCACAGAUUAUCUCCCCUGAGAGAAGAUGAAUCAAUACAGCAACACAAAGUUUUGCUGAAAGAUUGCCUUGAGCACAGUUCCGAACCUAUAACCAUAGAGUAGGAAGGUAACUUAGUCAACUUACUGCCAUAUAAGAAUACACAACUGAAACACUUGCAAAUAAAUGGUUGUGCAACUCUCGCUAAGACUUCCAGAGAAGGAGAUUCCACAGCCCUCCUAUUCCAUUAUUGAACAGGAAAGAUAUUUUUGCUAUUAAAUGUCAAUAUUUAUGAGCUGAUAAUGUUAGUACUGCACAUUUUACAAGAUCUAGACCACCUAUAAAUUCAGCAAUAUUAUAAACCUGGUGGGAUGUAGGUCUGCAUAAAUAAGAUCGUUACUAUAUCCAAAGUAUUUCAGAUAAGGGAUACUCAACUUGUACUGAAUUCAAAGUCCAAAAAUAGUUUGCACUCAGUUCAACAAAAAGGAAAGGAGAAGGCGAAAUCUUGCACUUCCCAGUUGGCUCAGACAAAAGCAAACUCCAGGACACUCUUUGCUUGUAUUUUCUUCUUCAUUAAUAGCUUUGUCAUCUUGACCACAUUCUGACCUUACUUUUAUGGACUACAAUUCCUAGAACCCCUCAUUCAAAACAGCCCCCCAGCCUGCAAAAACAGGCCCUUCCCUGACUGAAAAGGCAAUCCUCAGAAACAGAAGUGAACCCCUAGAAUUCCAAAUACAAAUUCUGGCUCCUUUAAAUCCUAAACGGCAUGGUACUUAUAAAUGUAUACGUACAAUGUCUCACUGCCGUUCCACUUAAAGAGCAGAUCAGACAAGUGACAGUGUGGCCGCCUGUCAGCCUGUCAUAUCUUUCCAACGCUCAAAAUAGCGCAGAUGGCAUAUUAGCUGUCUUUACUUGCUUAUGAGCUUGGCACUUGCAAAAAUAUCACCGGUUUCAGCAAGAACGCCUCUCUGUACACCAGGGAGAUCAAACACUCAGGAUUUUAAAGUUUAGAACAAGGUGAAUCACUUAAUUCCAGGGGCGGGAAGAAAGGGGACCAUAGAGCCAUUCCAAAUAAGGACUUUCGCAAAACCUGCAAAGUGUGGGUGCCUCCUUGUUUUUCAAUGUCUCUGCUUUGGUUCCACAUUUGCUGGCACCCACUACCCAAGUUUGCUGGCAAAGUGAAUGAGGGAAACUCAAGCCCACCACUGAAACAAGUAUCCAUGCAUCUCAUCCUGUAAAGUGGAUAAUUGGUCAAUGUGAUGCCAUCACACACCGUUCCCUAUCUUUGCUGUCUAUGAAAUGUUGCUAACUGAAGGCAUAAAAACCUCUGGGAAAAAUUAUUUUUGGACAACAAUGUCCAUUCUGGUGGGAGAUUCUGGGAGCUGUAGUUGAAAAAAUUAACCUUCCUGAGAUGGUUAGUUUUUUCUUCUGGAUAUUACCUUAGGUUACAAGGGUGUUUGCAGUUGUGUGACUUCAAGAUGUUUCCAAACUGAAAGCAAAUCUAUCACAUUUUGUAAAGCCGAAGGAAUGUGACUCACUCCAUGGUUUUCAUAGCUGAGCAUUGAUUUGAACCUCCAGAGUGAUAGUCCAAUGCUCAAACCAUUUUCCCAUACCGAAAUGAGGCACAUGGUUGUUAAUUUCGGCUGCCUACAAGAACAGUCUCAUAUCUGAUAGAUGCAACCUUAGGGAAAUCAGUUAUCCCGCUUUAGUGCAUCCAGCACUAUGGCUAUACACCCCUAUAUUUCAGAGAAGCAUAAGCAACGCCAUUCGAUCUGCAAGACAGAAUCAAAUCAUAAAUUAAGAAUAAUGUGCAUUCACUGCAAUAAACCCAUAUAAACCCAUUUUCUUUCCCUCUGUAGAAUUUCCCCAGAGAUGUGUGCCUCAGCAAUUAGACUUACAAAUUAAACCUGAGUUUAUCUUCUUGUGACUAAUCCCAAAACCGAAGCAUAGUAAUGCAUCAUCAGGAGCAAUCAGGUGCUAUGAUAAACAGACACCUUUCAUCACUUAAAGGAGCACCUCUUUUGAAAACGUGUGCAAAAAUAUCACUUUGAUUCUUCAGCUUUUUAGUUUUAAUUGUGGAUUUUUAAGAUAUUUUAUCAGUAUUCUAUGUGCUCUGAAUUGUUCUCAGAUCUAUUCCUUUCCUGAAAUAAUGGCUUGUCGGUUGGAAUGGUUAUUUCUGUCAUGUUUUCUUUCACUAUUUUGGUUCAGGCCAUCUUCCUAUUUUGUUUUUGGCUCUAAAAAUGGAUUCCGUGUAGGUCUUUUGAUCUGUGGAUUUUCACCCUGGUCAGAAAAUCAGUCACGAGAAAUGUAUUUUCAUACCAAAUAUGGUUUCAAAAAGUCUGAACCGAAGAAGUUGCAUAAAGAAACAUAUUGCCCAGGGCAAGGAUGGAGAAUAUGCAAACUGCUCAAUGUUGUUGGACUCCAAUUCCUGUCAUGCUCAAUUCGCAUGGCCAAAAAUCAGGAAUAUUGGAGUUGUCAUCCAUCAAAAUCUGAAACACCAUUGAUCCCACCCACAUUUAAGGCAAAGAACUUAAUGGUUUUUUUUAGGAAGGAGAUAUUCAUUCUAUCAGUCCCAUACUUGAUCAAUUUCUGAUCCAUCCCUCAAGUGAUCCUCAUGCCCUGGCAAAAAUGCUGCAAUGUUUGGGAUACCAAAAUGAUAUCAGGGAUUUCCGCAUCCCAAUAACUACUGUUUUCAUGGAUGUUACUAAGCAAGUGGUGACAUUUCUAAGCCUAAAGCAAACCUUCUGGAACCGUUGUCUACGCUAACAAUGUGCUUCCCAGUCUUUCAAUAUCAGCUGAAUGUAUUUAAAACACAUGAUCUUUUAUUAUGACGACGGCUGGCUGGCUCCUCAAUCUGGGGCCAGGGAAACUUUCUAGCAAAUGGGUGUUGAUGUGUUUUUAACCUGUUUCUAAACAUGUACUUUACUUAACUGUAUAAGCAUGGGUCUGUUUGGUGGGAGGAAGAAAAGUCUGCUUCCCCUUCACAUCAUAUAUUACAUAAUACUUUGUUUUUUACAUUAGCAGUGGACAAAAUGUGGUCCCAAGACUGUUUUUUGUGGGACCCUGGUCAAAAUAAGUUUUUCUUUUAUUAAAAUAUUUCCCCUAAAAUGCCCUGUGUAGGAGGCAUUUUCACCACAUUUUGCAGCCCCCUGACAAUAUCAAACUCAGGGCAGGCCCUUUGAAAACCUCUUGCAAGUAAAUGCCUUUCCUGGGUCUAAAGCAGAGCAAGGAAGAUGAAAAAUUGGGCAGAAUCUUAGGCUGAAUCUAUAUUGCUCUAUAUCCCAAGAUUUGAUCCCAGAUUAUCUGCUUUGAACUGGAUUAUACGAGUCUCCACUGCCAUAUAAACUGGACAAGCAGAUAAUCUGGGAUCAGAUCCUGGGAUAUAAGGUGGUCCAGAGCCAGUCUUAAUCUUCCAGUUCUACUUUGGUCCAUGUCCCAAUUUUUUGUUUGUAGAGGAGGGAGCAGUUCUCCAAGUCGAUUUAUGUGGCCUUCAAACCCUCCAUAGUUGCUCAUUUCACUUGUUCAGAUGUCCUUUGGUUCCAAAAAACUGGACAUUGGAAACAGCUUUGGAUACUACUUGGUAUAAGAGAUCUAGGUUUCAGCCUUUAACACUGACUUCACAGAAAAAGAACUAGGUAAACUUGGAGGAGUCUUUGGCAAGGAUGUUGAACUUUUGGCCUUCCAGAUAUUUUGGACUUCUCUUCUCAGAAACCCCAGUGCACAGCCAACACUAAGAAAUGUGGAGAGUUGGUUUCCAAAACAUCUGGAAAACCAAAAGGUCUACAGUCCUGAAAUUCCUGUAGACUUUGGUAGCCCUAAGUUUUCUGGUGAGAGAUAGAAAAGACAGGUAUAACUCUAAGCCCAACCCAGGUUUUUUUUUGGUGUGAAUUCUCUGAGACAUCUUCCGCAAAUUUAUGCCAGUUUUUAAGCACUUUAAACACCAUGGUAGCAUACCAAAGGGAAUUUGAAAAGUGAAAUGUGAUUUGACACAAAGGUGUGCUGUGAAUCAGAGCUUGGAAAUGUGAUUUAUUGUCAGCAUGGCUGAGGAGUUCCGGGAGCUGUAGUCGAUAAAAGUAUCUUUCUCAAGCUCUGGGGAAUCGAUCUCAGACACCUGUCAAUUCAGAGUGGUCAUGGAGAUCUUGAAACCUCUUUUUCAGUGUGGAGGCAUACCUUAGUAACAGAAGGGCUAGAAAACUUCAGCUUCCUUAAAUAAAAGUGCUAUUUUUCCUUCUGAGUCACAUGGAGAUGUAUGUAACUCUAUGUCACACUCCUUCCUCCACAAAUACUCCAAUGCACUCCUUCCACACGACAUAACUGCAUUGUGAAAUGGACUUUUCUUCUUCUGCUUUUCUUGAACCAUCAGUAAUCAAACUCUAUUCUGGAGAACGGUUUUAUGUUAUCCAGCAGGUUGUACUAUAUAUUUUGUUGUUGUUGUUGUUUUUAAACCCUGCUAGGAAAUAAUAAAACAUGCUGCAAUGUUA